AUGAAUAAAGAAUUAAACGAACUUAUAGAAUCAUGGUUAAAAAUUGAUCCAAAUGAAGAAUCAAGAAAUGAAAUUAAACAAUUAGUAAAUGAUAAAGAUUAUAAUACUUUAACUAAAAAAAUGAUACCUAGGAUUGCUUUCGGUACUGCUGGUUUAAGAUCUUCAAUGGAAUCGGGAUAUGCUCAUAUGAAUGAUGUGACUGUAUUACAAGCAUCACAAGGUUUAAUUGCUUUUAUAUUGACUAAAGAUUUUACAAAACCAAGUAUUGUAAUUGGUCAUGAUCAUAGAUUUAAUUCAAAAAGAUUUGCUGAAAUUUUAGCAUCAGUAGCCGUGGUCAAGCAUGUUAAAGUUUACUAUUUGGAUCUUGUUCAUACUCCCUUGGUUCCUUUUGCUAUUGAUAAUUAUAGUGCUAGUUGUGGUGUAAUGAUCACUGCAAGUCAUAAUCCAGCUAAAGAUAAUGGAUAUAAAGUUUAUUAUUCAAAUGGAUGUCAAAUUAUACCACCAAUAGAUAAAGAAAUAAGUGAUUCAAUAGAUGAAAAUUUAAUACCAUGGGAAAAUGUAUGGAAUACAAAAGAGCAUUUGGAGCUGGUUGUCCAUGUAAAAGAGGAAACUACAAAUGAGUAUAUAAAACAAGUGAAUGAAAAAUUAAUAAGACAUAAAGAUUUAAAUUUUAAUUUCGUAUAUACUCCAAUGCAUGGUGUUGGUUUAGAUAUAUUUGAAAAAAUUAUGCCCUGUUUUAACUCAAAUUGGAAAAUAGUACCAGAACAAGCAAAACCUGAUCCUAAAUUUCCAACAGUUACAUUUCCGAAUCCUGAAGAAAGUGGUGCAUUAGAUUUAGCUAUUGAAUAUGCAAAGAAAUUAAAUUAUCGACUUGUGAUAGCUAAUGAUCCAGAUGCUGAUAGAUUUAGUGUUGCUGUAAAUACAAAAAAAGGUUGGAAACAGUUAAAUGGUAAUGAAAUUGGAUUUUUAUUCGCAAUGUAUGUAAAUGCUAAAAAGGAUGACUAUCUUAUAAACUCGACUGUUUCAUCAAGAGUAUUAAAAUCAAUGAGUGAAAUUGAUGGAUUUAAUUAUAUUGAUACAUUAACUGGAUUUAAAUGGAUUGGGAAUAAGGCUAUUGAUUUAGAAAAUGGAUUUAAAGUCCCUUUUGCAUAUGAAGAAGCAAUUGGUUUCAUGUUCGAGUUAGUUCAUGAUAAAGAUGGUAUUUCAGCAGCUAUUGUAUUUUUACAAUUAUAUCAAGAAUGGUUUAGGGAACAUGAUGUACUUGAUAAAUUAGAAGAAGGGUAUAAUAAAUAUGGUUGGUUUAAAUCUUAUAAUGGAUAUUAUAGAACUACAAAUGUAAAUCAAGUAUUUGAAUCUAAAGUUAGAAGAUACACAGGUGAUUUUCCAAAGACAUUAGGUGAUUUUAAAGUUAUUGAAUGGAUUGACUUAACAUUAGGUUAUCAAUCAAAUACAAAAGAUAAUAAACCUAUAUUACCUACUGAUCCAAAUUCACAACUAAUUACAGGUAUAUUGAAAUUAAAAAAAGAAGAUGAUGAAGAAGUUAGAUUUACAUGUAGAGGAUCAGGUACCGAACCAAAAUUAAAAGUUUAUAUCGAAGGUAAAUCCAAUACUGAAGAUAGGGCAUUGGGAAUAGCUAUCAAAUGUUGGGAUUUAUUAAAGAACUUCUGGUUUGAUAAUUUAGAAGAAGUUAAACCAAAUAUAUAG